AUGACGAACCCUGACUCACAAACUGUAGAGCUAGAUCGAGAAUUUCUGGAUACCAUCACAGUACAAGGUCGGGAGUAUCAGAAAUACUCGAUCGACCACCGUACAUAUUUUGAGCCAAUCGACGACAAGGAAGAAGCACAACGGCUGGAUGACCAGCAGAAAAUCUUUCAAAAGAUUUUUGACGACCGGCUAAUAUUUCCUCCAAUUCGUAGACUGCGAAGAGUGCUGGACUGUGGCCAUGGCGCCGCAUCUUGGGCUGUGGAUGUUGCAGAGCAGCAUCCUAAUUGCGAAGUCAUUGGUGUAGACAUUGCCCCGCACAUGAGCCCAGAUGAUGUUCCAGAGAAUCUUUGGCUUCAGGUUGACGACUUAAAUCGAGCAUUCACAUUUCCUUCAAACCACUUCGACCUUGUCCAGUCUCGACUCCUUGCGACCGGUCUCCACCGUGCUCGAUGGCCAUCUUUCACCCGCGACAUCUUCAGGGUAUUGAAGCCGGGAGGAUGGGUUCAGAUGAUCGAAAUCUACUACAACGUCCAGUCCGACAAUGGUGCAAUCACCGACGAGCAUGCUCUGAGAAGAUGGAGCAAGCAAUAUAUGCGUGCCUUGGAGGAUAGGAAAGAUCUUCGCAUCGGGUCAAAGCUACGAACCUUGCUCACAGAGGCAGGAUUCGAAGAGGUGGAUGUAACGAUGAUGCCCUUGCCAUUAUCGGCGUGGUCGACUGAUGCAAGAAUGCGAUCCAUCGGGCAGUCAAAUAAUGACAAUAUCCAGCAACUGCUCGAAUCCUUGACACUCUAUCCCCUGACUCAGCGGUUACACAUGCCCACAGCGAAUUUUGAGUCAUUGAUACAGCGCGCCCGGCGAGAAGCUAGAGACCACUCCCUUAAGGCAUAUUUUCCACUGUACGUACCCGCUAUUGGAAUGAGGGCUUUUCCCGACGCUGAUAAGAUCAGAUAUGUUUGCAUCGGCCGAAAGCCGUCAUGA